AUGGUACGGCUACCAGGAUCUAAGCAGAAACCGCCGAGAUUGGCCGUCGUCUGCGUGGCACUGUUAGGUUUCGGCUUAAUCGCCGAUUAUCUCUGGGCAUCGUCCCCGCGUUUCGGGGCUUCAAAUUUCUCUGACGCCGGUAUCUCCUUAACCAGUCGAAUCAUUCCCAGGACCAACGGCGACGCAUCCGUGGAAUCAGAGGGCAACCCUGAUGUUAAGCAGGGAGCUGAGAAAGAUGAGAGUGGUAAGGAGAAAGGAAGUGAGAAGGACAAGAAGAAGUACGCCAAUGUGCCGGAGAGGUUCCUGUCAGCAACAUUUGCCGAUUUGCCUGCACCGCUGCUAGAUUGGAAGAAGAUGGCUCCUUCCCCGGUGCCCCGUCUUGAUGGAGCUGCUAUCCAGAUUAAGAAUCUUCUUUUUGUCUUUGCUGGAUACGGUACCAUAGAUUAUGUACAUUCACAUGUUGAUAUUUAUAAUUUUACUGAUAAUACAUGGGGAGGGAGAUUCGACAUGCCCAAAGAGAUGGCACAUUCGCACUUGGGAAUGGUAACGGAUGGGAGAUACAUAUAUGUUGUGACUGGACAAUAUGGCCCACAAUGCAGAGGGCCUACUGCUCAUACGUUUGUUCUUGAUACCGAGACAAAGCAAUGGAGAGACAUGCCACCUUUGCCAGUUCCAAGAUACGCACCAGCAACCCAGCUUUGGAGGGGUAGGCUCCAUGUGAUGGGUGGCAGCAAGGAGAAUAGGCACACGCCAGGAGUAGAACAUUGGAGUCUUGCUGUUAAGGAUGGAAAAGCCUUGGAAACGGAAUGGAGGACAGAAAUUCCCAUACCUCGUGGAGGACCUCAUAGGGCUUGUGUUGUUGUAGAUGAUCGACUUUAUGUCAUUGGUGGUCAAGAGGGAGACUUUAUGGCCAAACCUGGAUCUCCAAUAUUCAAGUGUUCACGUAGAAAUGAGGUAGUGUUCGGUGACGUGUACAUGCUCGAUGAUGAGAUGAAGUGGAAAGUGUUGCCUUCAAUGCCAAAGCCUGAUUCUCACAUUGAGUUUGCUUGGGCGCUUGUAAAUAACUCCAUUGUAAUAAUUGGAGGGACGACUGAGAAGCAUCCUAUAACAAAGAAGAUGGUCCUUGUUGGCGAGAUUUUCCAGUUUAACCUAAAUAAUCUGAAAUGGUCAGUGAUUGGAAAACUUCCUUUCCGAGUCAAGACCACGCUGGUCGGUUUCUGGGACGGACACAUAUACUUCACGUCAGGGCAGCGAGACAAAGGACCGGAUGAUCCUGCACCCAAGAAAGUCAUUGGAGAAAUGUGGAGAACCAAAUUGAAGUUGGAACCCUGA